AUGUGCGUCUAUCUCACGCGGGCCUGGCAAACAAUAGGCGGUCCUCAGGCAGAUUCGGAAUUCUCGCGGGAAUUCAGCAGUCGUCUCUCGUACUGGGCAGUCGUCUCUCGUUCGGGGCAGUCGGCUCUCUCGGCCUCAACUUCCAAAGCCUUCAGACACACUCAUUUUAUAGACCAUGACGAAGCACAUGAUUGGUUGAGUGGGAGAGUUUUACAUAUGCGUAGGCGUACUCCGCCAGUUCUCCCUUCCUUCAACUGCUCUACGACACCAUAUCCAUGCAAUGCCAUAUCUAUCUAUCUUUCUAUCUAUCUAUCUAUCUACCUAUCUAUCUCAGUCUGUUCAUUAUCUAUCUAUCAAACUUUGUUAUUUGGAACACAGCAUAUCUAUCGAUCUAUCUAUCUUAAUCUGUUCAUUAUCUAUCUCUCUCUCUUUCUCUCUCUCUCUCUCUAUCUAUCUAUCUAUCUCAGUCUUCUCAUUAUCUAUCUAUCUAUCUAUCUAUCUAUCUAUCUAUCUAUCUAUCUAUCUCAGUCUUCUCAUUAUCUAUCUAUCUAUCUAUCUAUCUAUCUAUCUAUCUAUCUCAGUCUGCUCAUUAUCUAUCUAUCUAUCUAUCUCAGUCUGCUAUCUAUCUAUCUAUCUAUCUAUCUAUCUAUCUAUCUAUCUAUCUAUCUCAGUCUGCUCUUUAUCUAUCUAUCUAUCUAUCUAUCUAUCUAUCUAUCUAUCUAUCUAUCUAUCUAUCUAUCUAUGCUAAGCCUCCCGUCCACCCGUUCACUAGCUAUCUAUCUAUCUAUCUAUCUAUCUAAGCCUGUUCAAUUUCUAUGUAUCUAUUCCUAUCUAUCUAUCUAUCUAUCUAUCUAUCUAUCUAUCUAUCUCUUCCUGUCUGUUCGUAUCUAUCUAUCUAUGUCUGUCUAUGACUUUAUUAUCUAUCUAUCCAUCUAUCUUCUAUUCAUUAUUAUCUAUCUAUCUAUCUAUCUAUCUAUCUAUCAUUUCAUAUUCUAG